GUUACUGCUGUUGUGUGUUCCAAGUAUAACCUGCGUAACACUACUACAACUGAACUCAGAACAUUUCAUUAUUACAUUUUUAUGUUUUUAUAUUUUAUAGUUAAAAAAAGCAUUUUUUUAGUUAUUUUUGUUUGCGUUCGAGUUAAGUGUGUUUAUUACUGUUAUUUUAUCAUGAAAAAUACUAGCAUUCGUUAACUCCUCAUCAAGUUUUAAUAUUUUACAAAAUGCCAAAGAUACAAUCAUCAUCAUCUGAUAGUUCUUCAGAUGAUGAUUGUGAUAUCUAUACAAAUGCAGCAUCCAAAUUAAAUGCUUUAAAUAAUCAAAAGAAAAGCAAUAACAGGAAUAAAGUUCAAUUGAAUGAUGAAGUUAUUGAAAUAAAUAACUCAGAAAGAGUAGAACAAGUUAUACCACCAAUCAGUGAAGCUGAACCUAUUGUAAAUAAUGAUAGUUCUGUUGGCAAAGCAGAGUCAACUAUACAAGUUAAAGACAUUUAUAAUGAAAAUCCUGUAGUUUGUAUUAUUGAUGAUGAACUAGAUGAUGAAUGUGUUAUGGUAAAUCAUUUCACACCUCCAAGAACUACUCGCAGUUCAAAAAUAAAAAAAGCUCUAGUACCUAAAAUGGUAUCCAAUUCCAAAUCAUUUAAUGAUAGUAUAGAGUUGGAACUAAAUAAGUCUUACGAUUCUGUAUUUGAUUUGACUCAAGAAGAUGACAAUUAUGUCAUGAUUGGGUCUCCUGAGCUGAAAAGUCCUUGUAGGGAUAAUACUGAAGUUACAAUAAAAGUUAUGUGGAAAUCUGAUCAGUGUAUCCGUUUUGAACUGAAAAAGUACGAAACUUUUCAAAAAAUAUUCAAACACUUGGCCCAAGAAGAAGGUAUUCCAGAAAAUCAAGUAUUAAUCACAAAAAGAGAUAAAAAGAUACAUCCAUUUGACACACCUGUAUCAAUUAAUUGGUCAAUAUUAGAUAUUCUAGAGGGUGGUGUUGUAAGUGCUAAUCUUGUUAAGAAACACAAAGGUUUAGGUAAUUCUGAACAGAAUGAUGCUUUAGAAAGUGGUUGCAAGCUUAAAAUACAGAUAUCAGAUAAAAAAACUUUAAUGUUGACCUUAAAGCACCAUGAACCAUUUUCGAAAUUGAUGAGAGCUUGUUCGCAAGAACUGAAUGUACAAGAAUCAAAAAUUAAACUUUAUUUUGAUGGAGAGUUAAUUGAAAUGGAUGAUACUCCAGAAUCACUAGAUUUAGAAGAUGAGGGGUGUAUUGAUUGUAAAAUAUCAAAGUAAUUUAUUACAAUUACAAACUGUAACAUUUGUACAAAUUAUUUAAUGUACUUUUAGGGUUAUUUAGAAAAUUUCGUUGUUGAGAACAGUAGGUCUUUUUAUAUGGAAUAUCGGAAUUAUAUUUUCAGAUCUCAUAUAA